CUCAAUCUCAACCAAUCAGAGAAUUUACGGAGAUUUGAAUCUGAGUAACCGCAACUAAGGCGGGUUCGGGAAAGUAUCGGUAUAACGUGAGGUGUAAACGGGACAAGAUAAAAUGGAUAUUCGGUCACAGUUUACUAACAGAUACAAAAAGGAUCUCAGUACAGAAUAUAUAAGAACGAAAGUUGCCCGGCGUAAAUCUAUAUCACAAAAAGAGAACAGACACAAUGAGUUUAAGAAAAGCAGAGGGUUGUCACUGGCAGAUGUGAAUAUUUCCAUUGUGAAGGAGUGUGAGCUACCGUCACUAGAGGAGGUGGCUGAGAUAAGUGUAUCCAAAGGAAAUGAAAAAGCAGAUGGUUGCAAAAUUAAAGAUAAAAUGCUGAACGAGCGCCGUGAACUGCUGCUGCGAUUCAAAGAGGAAAAACAACUGAGAAAAUUAAAAGAGCAGAGAGAGAAAGCAAGUCGUGGGAUUUUCAAAUGUGGUGUUUACAAGCCAGAUGAUACGCUCGCUCCGGUUGUGAACUCUCAGACGACCAGCAAGGCCAAACCAAAGGAAAAGCCACUCCCUCCUACAGCCACACGAGUUACAAGAUCAAUGGCCAAAGUGGAGCCAACAGUGAAAAAGACAACCCGUCCCCAACAAACUAUGGCCACAGUGUUUAACAGCAGCAAAAACACAAGUGAGCGUUCUAUACCGAAAGGUCGCGGUCUGUCUGCAACUGCAAAGAAACCUGAUAAAGAGACUAAAGUUUUAACUGCUCCACUUGCAACUAGAGCUGCAGCGCUUACUGGAAGUAAACUGCCCUCCAGAAAUACUACAGUUUCCAGACCUCAGAAAAAUAUUAUCAAGGAAAAGACAAAUCAAACAAUCAACCAGCAAGCUGAAACUGUUGAGAAGAGUAUAGCUGUUAGUAAACCUAUUUUGGAAGAGGAUGUAACACCGGCUGUUUUAAAGGAUGAUGCUAUGAGAAAUUUGGAAGAUUUGAAGAAAGAAAGGAAACCUUCUUUUGCACCCCAGAAUUUUACAUUCCAACCAUUGGAUGGGUUAGCUCCCUUCAAAUUCCAGCCGAGCACUCCUCCUUCCAUGCCUAAUGCUACACCGUGCUUUACGUGGAGCCCAAUGAGAUCGGAAAGAAAUGCUGCCAUCUUAAACAUCCCAGAGUCUCUACCACAUGAAGACUGUGAAAGAGUGUUAGACCAGAUGCCUUCAGUAGAACAAAGUCCGAAGCCUGACUCCUCUAAACUCCAGAUGGACACACAUUCAUCAAAAACUGAGGCGAAAGAAUGUACAAAUGAAGAAUGUCCGGUUAUAUCAGACUCUGUAUCUCCCGAAACCCAUGAAUCUGUUACUGAGACUGCUCCGAAUGAAAAUGUCCCAGCAGCCCCUGCUGAGGAGCCAAAGCAUGACGUGCCUUACUUCAGGAAUAUUCUGAAAUCUGAGAUUCGCAGACUGACAGCAAUGUGCACCCAGUGGGAGGAAAAAUUUGAAAUAGACAUUCCAGAGGAAGGUAAGAUAUAGUAUCUUG